AGAAACACCGGAGCCACAGAAGCGGAGCAGAGCGUCAUCCCGGAGCAGAGUCCCGGAGCAGAGUCCCGGAGCAGAGUCCCGGAGCAGUGUCCCGGAGCAGAGUCCCGGAGCGGAGCAGUGUCCCGGAGCAGAGUCCCGGAGCGGAGCAGUGUCCCGGAGCAGAGUCCCGGAGCGGAGCAGUGUCCCGGAGCGGCAGUAUGCGGGCCUCGUGGCUGCCUCUGGCCGCUGUCCUCGCGCUCUGUACGGUGUCGCGCGCGGAGGUCAUCGAUGACGUCCUGAAUAGCCUGGCGCGUGGAGCUGACUUCCUGGAGCAACAGCACGAGCUCAUCAACCUGGACGGAGUAGUGGGAUACAUCAUGCUGCAAGCGGAGUUGAAGCAGGCGGUCGGGUCAUGGCCUCACUCAGAUCCAGUCAGCUGGGCUCAGAGGAGCAGAGCCGUGGCUCUGGCCAAGAAACUAGAGCAGAGUCUGGACCGAGCGGUCAGCGCCUUAAAACAGAAUGACCCCAACUACUACAGAGAGUUUGAGCCUCUCCUGACCUGGACGUUCUGGCUGGUCCCUGGGUCCUGGGCCUCCACUGACCCCAGCCUGGUUUACUCCUCCACACUGACCUCCGAGUGCUACGACGAGCAGCUCAGUGACAAGUGUCUGACGCUGUUGCUGGGGACAUGGAAGCAGAACGGGACGCCAUGUAUCGUGACCAAACAGUGCAGAGACAUGAUGACGCGCUUCGGCUGUCCAUUUUACUCCCUCUCCCACCAGCUCCUCUACUUCAUGAUCGGACACAUGAGAGGCUGCAGUGACCUCCUCAGGGGCGACUCUCGAGCUUCUCGUUUGAACAUGACGGAGCUGAGCUACCAAAGGAUCUUCUGCUCCAACAUGAUGAAGACCAACAAUGACCUUCUCACAGAGGCGUUGGGACCCCUCAACGCUGACAUCUUCCUUGAAAACAUCCUGGUGUGUGGAUUGGCUGGAUUCUCAGACUUCUACAAAGCUGAUUGGCUGCAGCACAUUCUCCGGCUUCAGGACGUGGAAGUGGGAUGCUUCGGUCGAGACAGGAACGUGGUGUCGGAGCGCAUCGGGGAGGAGCUACUGGAGCAGCUUCAGCCCCAUCACAGAGUCAAGAGGAGAGAGAGAGUUCUGCCCGACGGCUGUUCGAGUCACAUGACCGGCGUGGCUGUAGGGGCGCUGGGUGGAUACCUGAACUAUUACCUCACCGAGCAAGACAUUACCAAGAGACCCCUAUCCUGAACCCGGCCUGGAAAUGGGACUAAAGCGGACUAAACCAGGACUAAACCAGGACUAAACCAGGACUAAACCAGGACUAAACCAGGACUAAACCAGGACUAAACCAGGACUAAAACAGGACUAAAACAGGACUAAAACAGGACUAAAACAGGACUAAAACAGGACUAAAAGAGGCCAUGGACAAAUCAAUUCAAUGUAUUUUUGUUGUGCCCAAAAUCACAGCAGCCGUCUCCUCUUAGGGCUGAACAUGAAGAUUGAUUUAACCAACAGAAAGUUAGAAAAUCAACAAUGAAAGAGAAUCAGACCUAUGAAUGGAGAAGUGUCCUAGGCCGCCCCCUGUCCUCAGACCCUCCUCCUGCAGGAACCACUGUCCCAAAGCGCCCCCUGUCCUUAGACCCUCAUCCUGCAGGAAAAAUGUUUAAAAACCCAUUGGGAAAAAGAGAAACCUGGAGGAGAACCACAGUGAAGGAGAGAUCCACUCUCAGAGGAGUCUAGGACUUAACCAGACCUUAAACCACGAUUGAACCAGGUCUAAACCAGGACUAAACAAGGGCAUAAACCAGGACUAAACAAGGGCAUAAACCAGGACUAAACAAGGGCAUAUACCAGGAUUAAACCAAGUAAAAACCAGGCCCUAAACCAGGACUAAAUCAGGGAUUCGAGAAGACCACAGGACAUUUAACCAUAACUAGGCGAACAGGACUUGAAUUGAGAAGUUUUUGAGUCAAACACCAAAAUUUGUUCAAAUCCACUUUUAUUUUACAUAAAUAUUUUUGCUGUAAACAGAUAACAACAGUCUUAAGGUGGAUUUCUUAUAUGAAUGUACCCAGCU